AUGUGUGUCUUCAGAAAUCUAUCUAUCUAUCUAUCUAUCUAUCUAUCUAUCUAUCUAUCUAUCUAUCUAUCUAUCUAUCUAUCCCAGUCUGUUCCUAUCUAUCUAUCUAUCUAUCUAUCUAUCUAUCUAUCUAUCUAUCUAUCUAUCUAUCUAUCUAUCUAUCUAUCUAUAUAUGUUAUUAAUUUGGGUGAGUUAUCUAAUCUCUCGCAUUUCUUUCUUCUUUCUUUCUUUCUUUCUUUCUUUCUUUCUUUCUUCGCAUUUUCCUCCUCCCUUUCUUUCUUUCUUUCUUUCUUUCUUUCUUUCUUUCUUUCUAUUCCGCCUUCAUUUCUUACAUUUUUUCCUUCUUCCUUUCUUUCUUUUUGCAAAAUGCACCAUUUCUUUCUAUUCGAUGGAAUCAUUUGCUAUUUUAUAUUCUUAUUUUCUUGCUUUGAUUUCAUGACAUUUAUUAUCGCUAUAUCUAUCUAUCUAUCUAGGUUUCAUCUAUCUAUCUAUCUAUCUAUCUAUUUCUAUUAUCAUGGAGAGGGGACGAAUCGAGCCGAGCUUCUCGAUCUCGAACUCUAUCUCGUUCAUUACCUAUCUCGUUUUUAUUAUACGUCCUAUUUUUGGCUGAGCCUACGGGCUAAAACCCCGAUAAAAAACCGAAAACCCUCGUGGGGGGUGGCUAAACUCGAGCCGAGCUUCCGACUAACACUCGUUCGGGGUGAAUGA